AUGCUGGCUGCCAAACAGUACUCGGCGCCUCUGGGUGUAUCCGGAUCCCAGACACCUGCAACUGCCUACCAUACCGGCUCGCAACGCCCUGCGACAGCGACAAAGGUACAGGAUGGAGCUGGGUUCAGCAGUCCGACCAGGUCGGAAUUCUCUGAGGGACAGGAUGAGCUUGCGGCAGUUCGGUCCUGGGACGAGAAAAAGGUUAUUCAAUGGUUGCAAAGCAUCAAGUGUGGCCAGUACGAAUCGAUCUUCAGAGCUAAUAACUUUAACGGAGACAACUUGCUCGACUGUGACCAAAAGAUAUUGCAGGAGAUGGGCAUCAAAAAAGUUGGCGACCGAGUGCGCAUCUUCGUUGCCAUCAAGCAGCUUAGGAACAAAUCCAUGCCCAACCCGAGACAGAAGAACUUGAACAAAUUAGCCGCGCUGGAAGCUGCCGCAUUAUCCCCCGAUCUUUCCCGCCUAUCAAGUGCUCGCCCAACAACCCUGAGCAACCGACGCAUGUCGCAGCUGGUCGAUGAUGGAUUUAAUUAUUUGGGCAAAUUCCCUUCUCAACCCACGUCUCCUGGUGAUUCGUGGCGUAAAGAUGGCUAUCUCACAGCUGGUUCGGGGUCUGGCCGUAAUCCAACCACGCCGAACGAAGGGAACCGAGGAAGCUCACACCCUCGGAAUCCUAGUCUCGACGGUCUUACCAUGGGCCCUCUUCCGCUCAAUUCCCCGGUAAUUCGGGUGAUCUAUACUGGGGGCCAGACCAAGGUCCUUGACAUCCGCCACUGCAAGACUCCGGACGAGGUCAUCAUCAACGUUCUCAAGAAAUUGCAGCUGCCCGAGCACCAGUAUCGGAACUACUGCUUCUAUGUCCUGGACGGCUUAGAUGCGGAUAUCUCGAACUGUAGGCGGUUGACGGAGGCGGAACUCAUGGAAAUAUGUGAAGGAGUCAACAAGUCCGAGCGUGGUCGAUUGAUCUUGCGCAAGGUCCACGCUGGGGAGCCUGACAUUGACGAGGUUCGCCGCGCAUCGCAACUUGCGGUCGAUGAAAGUCAGGUCACGCACCGGCUCGCGUUGGAUAAAUCUACCUCUCGCCAAAAGUCCAAAAUCCAGCAGCUCACUGGAGAAUCAUGGCAUACUCUCAAUACCAAGCAACCACUUUCUCCCGUGGGUGCUCGGCAUCGUUCAUCUUCUACAAAUGCUACGAAUGAGCCAGAUCUAUCGCCCAACAGCGAGCGCAACCCCGUGGCCAAUAAGCUUCGAUCAUUCUUCGGGCAGAGACCACCGAGCGAGAUGAUCAUUCAUGAACUCCAGUCGUUCUUCCCCAGUCAUGACAAGGAAGACAUCGCGAAAACGAUGCGGAGAUCUCAACGUCUCAGCCGUGCAGCAAGUCGCCUCAGUGUUGUCAGCAACUAUAGCGUGGCAUCGAGUCUUAAGGAUGCACCUCCUCUUCCCCCAUUACCUCCGAUUCCCCCGAUGCCCAACAUUGCCGACACAUGGUUCCAGCCCCAGGGGGGAGCGCAUGCUACCCGUGUGCCACGGCCCCUCUCUACCAAGUUUAACCUCCCUCAGACUUCCUACCGCGAUUCGAUUGCCUCAAGCUCUCUGCAGCCACUCCAGGAGGAGUCUCCCAUUGAACCGAACCGCAAGUCCUACGUCUCAUUUGAUAGUGGUUCUGAUGAACCCAACCCAUCACGCCAGAGUAUUCUGGAUGAGACUGCUAGCGUCAUUGCCACCGACGGUCAUUCCUCUAAUGACCGAUCUUCCGUGAUUGUUCCCGACGAUGGGGAUGAGGAGGAAGAGGAAGAGGAAGAGGAAGAAGAUGAGAACCUGAUGAGUGAUUUCCUCGCUGGCAACAACUUUGCACCCAAGAACUGGAUGAAGGGAUCUCUUAUCGGUGAAGGUUCCUUUGGUAGCGUCUUCCUGGCUCUCCACGCCAUCACUGGAGAGCUUAUGGCCGUUAAGCAAGUCGAAAUUCCUUCCGCUACCAAGGGAACUGAAUUCGACAAACGCAAGAACGGCAUGGUCACUGCUCUGAAGCACGAAAUUGAGCUUCUGCAAGGAAUGCACCACCCCAACAUCGUGCAGUACCUUGGCACACAGGCCGACGACCAGUACCUGAACAUUUUCCUGGAGUAUGUGCCGGGUGGCUCUAUCGCCACAAUGUUGAAGCAGUACAAUACCUUCCAAGAGCCCCUGGUCAAGAACUUUGUUCGGCAGAUCCUGGCUGGUCUCUCCUACCUGCACAGCCAGGGUAUCAUUCACCGAGACAUCAAGGGAGCCAACAUCCUCGUCGACAACAAGGGUGGCGUCAAGAUCUCCGAUUUCGGUAUCUCCAAGCGUGUCGAGGCAUCCACCCUCCUAGGCGCUCGCGCCAGCGGUGGCGGCGGAGGACACAUCCACCGGCCAUCUAUGCAGGGUAGUGUCUACUGGAUGGCGCCCGAAGUUGUACGACAAACGGCCCAUACCAAGAAAGCCGAUAUCUGGAGUCUGGGUUGUCUAGUCGUGGAGAUGUUGAGCGGUGUCCACCCCUUCCCCGACUGCAGCCAGCUGCAAGCUAUCUUUGCCAUCGGAAGUAACCAGGCUCGCCCGCCUGCUCCAGAACAUGUCAGCGACGAGGCCAAGCAAUUCCUCGAUAUGACCUUCCAGGUUGACUUUGAGAAGCGACCCACUGCUGAUGAACUGCUGAAAUGCCGGUUCCUGGCUAUGCCUAUUACGUGA